AUGUCGAACAUGUCUACGAAUUUACAGAUGCAGAUCCAGUCAACGGCUGGUGCUAUACCAGUCAGGAAUGAAAAAGGUCAACCGGACUUUGCACCAGAAUCAAGUGAUGAGGAUGAUGAUGAACAGCUGCAAGUACCAUUCAUAGGUCUCAAAAGAGUUGUGCCAGAACCUGAGAUACAGGAACUUAACGAAGAAGAGGAAGACAAGCGCUUACAAAGAGUGAAAGAACGUCAUCGUGAAACUGAAGAUCAUGAGGAAGAGCAAAUACACAGAGACAUAUCAGGCCCUGAAGUACUAUCAGCCAGUGAAGAUGAAUACCAAGGUGAGAGUGAUGAUGAUCGAUACAGACAGAGAGUCGGAAUGGAUGUCGAAGAAAGCAGUGAAGAAGAGGAAGAAGAACUUGAAGAGGAAGAAAUAGAACGACGGCGACAAUUGAUGCGACAGCGAGCAAGAAACCUUUUACUUGAAGAGGAGGUGAUGGAUGUGGAGGAGGAGGAAGAAGAAGAGAAAGUCGGAUCAGAAGAGUCAUCCUCCGAAUAUGAAGAAUAUUCUGACUCUGAGGAGGAAACUGGGCCACGGUUGAAACCUGUGUUUGUUUCAAAAAAAGACAGAAUCACGAUACAAGAGAAGGAGAAAGAAGCUCUUAAACAGAGGGAACUUGAACUUGAGGCUAAAAAACUGGCAGCUGAAAGAAGAAAGCAGUCAAUAAAAAUGGUUGAGACUGAAGCCAGAAAGGAGAUGCAAAAGGAACAGAAUGCGGAGGACCCCACCGACGUUGUCAAUACUGAUGAUGAGAAUGAUGAAGAAGAAUAUGAAUCAUGGAAGGUUAGAGAAUUGAAGAGAAUUAAGAGAGACAGAGAAGAACGUGAACAGUUAGAGAAAGACAGGCUAGAAAUUGACAGAGUCCACAACAUGACAGAGGAAGAGCGAAGAGCCGACUUAAGGAAUAACCCAAAGCUUGUGACAAACAAACCACAGAAAGGAAAAUACAAGUUUUUACAAAAAUACUAUCAUCGUGGUGCCUUCUUUUUGGACAAGGAAGAUGGGGUGUUCACUCGGGAUUUCUCUAAACCAACGUUGGAUGAUCACUUUGAUAAAUCUAUUCUACCGAAGGUUAUGCAGGUUAAAAACUUUGGUCGUUCAGGUCGUACUAAGUAUACUCAUCUUGUUGAUCAAGAUUCUACACAGUUUGAAUCUCCAUGGUCGUCAGACGGAGCUCUCAACCUUAAGUUUCAAAAUCAACAUGCUGCCGGGAUGAAACAAACUUUUGAAAGACCCACCGUUCGAAAAAGAAAGAAGUUAACGUAGUAUGCACUGCCAAGAUUAUUUUUCAACAGUAUGUUGACAAAUGACAGCAAGAAAGUUUUCCAUUGCCAAGACUUUUAUAUUAAUUGAUGAACUACUGCUGAGAAAGAAUGAUGAAGAGAAGCAGUACUAUUACACUUGGUCCAAGAAACUAUUACAUGGUUUAAGACCAAUGUGUGUAUAUAUGUACAAUAGACAUGGUGUGUGUGAAAUUCUGCCUGACGAUGUAACACACACUGUCUGAUGUGUGUGUUUCACUUGCCAUGUAGUGUUGUGAUACAUAUUUGAAGGAUUAUUUAAGUAACAGUUUCAUGACUGGCUACAAUUGAGAUAGCAAAAUGUAUUGAAUGAUAAUACCAUUUAAAUUCACCAACACUCAAAAUAUAAGCAAGCUCUGUUGAGUUUCCCGUCUUGUUUUGUAUACUUUGAUAUCUAUGAGUCUUUGUAAGUUGUUCAUAACAUUCUCCAGACAGGAUCAAUGGGAUGACAAUAUGGUAUUUGAGUUGUAUGUGUUUUGGUGGAUAUAAACCCUCCUUGCACCAUUUCUCAUCUCUGCGUGUAUGGCCAAAACAAACAUGAUUUGUUUCUAGUCAGUGCAUGUAUAAGCUCCCAACUGUUUUGUUUGGAUUCUGUCGAAAGAUAAAGAAAUGCGAAGCUUGUCGCAUAACAUUUAUAUCAUCUCUCACCCAAAAACAAAUGUUUUUUAUCAUUUUGACAAUUUGGUAUUUUAAAAAUUACAAUAAUAAAUUCUUUUUGAUGGUUGCAAAAUAAAAUUGUAGUAGUUUUAAUACUAGUAUUGAAUUCCAACUUCGUAAGAUCUGCAAACAAUUUCACACUGACCCCUAUAAGCAUCAUAAGGGCUUUGAAUUUUGUACAGUUCAUGAGAAAUCGUAUCCAACAUAAUCCUGAAAUCAAAUUUAGAAGAUUCUUCUAAAAUAAAGUAAAAUGGCCUUGAGUGAUUACAACAAUGGUAGAGUACUGGUAUGUUUGAUUUGGUAACUGUACACCACAGCUUCAGUGCAGUCGAGCUUCAGUGCUCCAAUAUUUCAGAAUUUGUUACCAAACCAACUGAGUUUAUCAUUUCUGUUAGUAAUUACAAUAAUCAGUGGAAAGUGAGUGAUCUGUAUAUGAUACAAAAUGUGGAAUACAACUUUAAUAAACUCUUCCCAAAUAUAUAAUAUUAUACCUAUGUCACUGUAACGCCACUGUAAGUUACAGCAUGCCUUAAUUUUGCGGUAUUUUACGGGGUAUUUUCAUCCUACCAUAUAAGGAAAUGCGAAUUCCAAAUAUGGAAUGAUUACGCACGUAAACAAACAUGGCUGCCACCAGGGUUUGACUGGAGUCCACACAAAGAAGUUUGCUGAUUCUGUUCUAAACAUUUUGGCAUUCCCAUGGUAUAUCCCUAGAAAGAAAAGAUGUAUAAUAAUAAGGUUAUUACGAGAAUACCUCAAAGUACCGGUAUGUACUCUGACAGUAACGUGGUCACAUCGCCUCCGCGCAUACUCCCACUGUACUGUCUUUGCGUAUAUUUUUAGGUAUCCUCAUAAUAACUUUGUAGUAUUGCUGACUCGAUCUGUCCCAUACGUUUAAACUUGUGACAGAAUACCAGACAGAAUACCAGAAUUUACGUCAUUGUACAUCGCAUAUGUUAUUGUCCUUAACAAUUCACGUUACAGACAUUGCCUAAAUAAAUUUUGGUAUUCUGUGAGGAACCCUGUAUUCAAUAUGAAUUCAUUAUUUUGAACAUGGUAACAUGGAACCAUGUACUGUAUUUGUUAUAUUAUUAUCACCAUGUGUUUACAAAAAUGACAUGUUCUGCAUACAGUAAGUGCAGAUUUUGGUUAAUGCAUGCAUCUAUUGAUGUAUUUUUCCAGAUAGAGCAAAGUACGUUAUUAAUUUUCUCAGCUUUCAUCAUGCAUUCACCAAAGACUUUAUAUAAAUGUAGUUUCUGCCACUCUAGUGGAAUGUGGUACAGCAGUCAGCUGUGUACAUAAUGCUUUGUGUACUGAAUAACCAUUACUUUGUAAAAUGUUAAAAUAACUGUAUUGCAUUCAUCUUUCUGUGUCUCAUCAGUUGGAGGGGGUGUCUUGAAUAAAUCAAGAAUGUAUCAUUUUAUGGAAUAA